AUGGUUACCACCAGCACGUGUUACACUAUUUCGAUCGACAACCUCUCCUACUCCAUCCCCGCACCUGCGUCCUCCUCCCUCGAUUAUAUCACCCAGUCACUCUCCAAGUGGGUGCCGUUCAUACCAGCUGCUACUAAGACUGCCACUGCUGAUGUUGCUGAUGCUGCUCCUACUGCUGCUCUGCAACCUCCAGCUGAAGCUGGUGCUGCUGCUCUGCACUCUCCUGCUGCUGGCGCUGAUGCGCCACACGCGCCACAUGCUGCUCCACACGCGCCUGCGGAUUUCCUCCCACUGCUGGUGGGCGUGAGUGCAGUGGCGAGGCCAGGGCAGGUGGUGGCAGUGGCGGGUCCGAGUGGGGCGGGCAAGUCAACGCUGCUGGAUUGCAUCGGAGGGCGGAUUCAGGGCGGCCGGCUGCGAGGAAGCAUCCUGGUGAACGGGCAGACGAUGAGCGCAGGCGAACUCAGGCGAAUCUCAGGCUACGUGCAGCAAGACGAUGCACUCUUCCCACACCUCACCCCACGCGAGUCGCUGCUCUUCUCGGCUCAUCUCCGCCUGCCCUCCUCCCUGCCGCUCGCUGACAAGGUUGCUCGUGUGGACGCUCUUCUCGCCACUCUUGGUCUACAGGUAACGGGGCUGAUCACUGCGACUUUUGAGUUGACUCAAUGUAACAAGGUGAUUUUUGAAUCGCCUCAAAAGCUUGCUCGUGUGGACGCUCUUCUUGCGACUCUUGGUCCACAGGUAACUGGGCUGAUCACUGCUCUGCACGCAUAUGGCUUGCCGCUGGCACAUGUAAGUGUGCUGCUCAUGGCUUGGUUGCUGGGCCUCAGAGCGAGUCGCUCCUCUUCUCGGCCCACCUCUGCCUGCCCUCCACCCUGCCCGUCGCGGACAAAGCUCGCCCGCGUGGUCGCCCUUCUCACCACCCUCGGCCUGCAGGUAAGGCGUACCAUACCCGCACGAGUAACUGGGAUGCUCGUGGUAAUAGCUGUCGCCCACACCAGAAUUGGGGCGACCAGCACAUGCAGCAGCAGGGGGAGAGGGUUGUCUGGAGGAGAGAAGAGGCGAGCAGUGGUGUUGCUGGAUAAACCCACCAGUGGGCUGCACCCACAAAAGCCCCACUUCCUCCCAGUAACUCUUACCCCCAUCCCUCUCUCCCUGCUCUCUCCCUACCCCUGCCCACCCCAGGCUGUCCAGAAUCGGCAGUACGAGUGCCGGCCGCAGCAGGGGGAGGGGGCUGCUGUCGCCCACACACGCAUCGGCAGCACAAGUGCCAGCAGCAGCAGGGGGAGGGGGUUAUCAGGAGGGGAGCGACGACGUUUGUCCAUAGGAAUGGAUUUGGUCCACAACCCAGCAGUGGUGCUGCUGGAUGAACCCACCAGUGGGCUGGACAGUGCUGCUGCUGCCAACGUGCUGGGCGUGCUGAGAGGCAUGGCCAAGGAGGGAGGGCGGACUGUGGUGCUGUCGAUACACCAGGUAAGAGCAGGGGAGUGGUGCUGGGAAGGUGGAGACAAGAGGGUGAAUGAGUGGUGCUGCUGGAUGAACCCACCAGUGGGCUGGACAGUGCUGCUGCUGCCAACGUGCUGGGCGUGCUCAGGGGCAUCGCCAGGGAGGGAGGGCGGACUGUGGUGCUGUCGAUACACCAGGGAAGGAGAGGCAAGAGGGGGACUGAGUGACUGGCUGUUGCUGGAUGAACCCACCAGUGGGCUGGACAGCGCUGCUGCUGCCAACGUGCUGGGCGUGCUGAGAGGCAUGGCCAAGGAGGGGGGAAGGACGGUCGUGCUUUCCUUACACCAGCCCAGCUUCUGCAUGCUCGAGCUCAUCGACUCCCUCCUGCUGCUCUCAAGGGGCUCCGUGCCCAGCUUCCGCAUGCUUGAGCUCAUCGACUCCCUCCUGCUGCUCUCCCUCUGUCCCUGCUCGAAGCUGCCCAGCUUCCGCAUGAGAGAGCUAAUCGACUCCUGCUCUCUCGGGGCUCCGUGGUUCACUGCGGCCCUCUCUCCCUGCUCGACCUGCUUAAACAGAAAGCACGUUCCCACUCUUCCCACCUUCUCCCCCCUCCCAUACGCCUCCUCGCAGCCCAGCUUCCGCAUGUUUGAGCUCAUCGACUCCCUCCUGCUGCUCUCCCCCCACCACUCUCAGUCGCUCUGUUCUUUCCCCCACCUGCUCCCAUCCCUAACUGCUUCCCCCCCUCAGCCCAGCUUCCGCAUGCUAGAGCUCAUCGACUCCCUCCUGCUGCUCUCCCGAGGAUCUGUGGUUCACUGCGGCCCUCUCUCCUUGCUCGAGGCCCGCCUCGCUGCUGCUGGCUGCACCGUACCCAUGCGAGUCAACGCUCUCGAAUAUGCCAUGGAAGGCAUGGGGGUGAGUUGCCUCGUCACUCUCUCCUUUCUGUUCCCCUGGGGUUCACUUGGAUCAACUGUCUGGGGUUCACUUGGAUCAACUGUCUGUGGUUCACUGCGGCCCGCUCGCCUCGCUGCUGCUGGCUGCACCGUACCCAUGCGAGUCAACGCUCUCGAAUACGCCAUGGAAGGCAUGGGGGACCCCAGAGCUACGUCUGGGACCCCAGAGCUGUGUCUAGGGAGGGCGUCUCAGGUCGCCUUCACUGCCCUCUGCUUGGGGACUCUCUUCCUUCGCCUGCCGUCCAACCCUCAGGGGAUAGAGGAACGCAUGGGAUUCUUUGCCUUCUCUCUCGCCUUCCUGCUCACCUCGUCUGUCGAAGCCCUGCCUGUGUUUCUUGAGGAGAGGCAAAUCUUUCUCCGAGAAACGUCAAGAGGCGCUUACCGCAUAUCCUCGUAUGCCAUCGCUAGUGUGGCGGUGUUUCUGCCAUUUCUCCUGCUCCUCGCCCUCCUCUACUCCAUCCCAGCCUACCUCCUUGUCGGCCUGCACGCCUCCCUCUCCGCAUUCCUCUUCUUCCUCCUGGUCGUCUGGGCGGUGCUGAUCGUCGCCAAUGCCAUCGUCGCAUGCAUCGCGGCCAUGGCACCUGACUUUAUCACAGCUAACUCCAUGAUUGCUGGCCUCAUGGGGGCAUUCUUCCUCUUCUCAGGCUACUUCAUUGCCAAGAAGUACAUCCCUUCAUACUGGAUCUGGAUGCACUACCUGUCAGUCUUCAAGUACCCCUUGGAUGCUCUCAUAAUUAACGAGUACGGGAGCCAUAGUGACACCACCUUCGGGCUUGCAGGCACAGGAUCACAGAUUAUUGAGGCGGCAGGCUUGUCUGGGCAAUCUAAGUGGCUUGACCUACUUGUGCUAUUGGGCUUUGCAAUGACUUUCCGCAUUGCAUGCUACAUCUUCCUUCUUACACAACGAUUGGCGCAAUCAGCCUGCUCGCUAGCAGGGGUCACAAUAUUUUGCUGUGCUUUCGUAAUGGGCCUUGGACCAAUUCCCAACAUCAUCUGCUCUGAGAUAUUUCCCACCCCUGUUCGCGGCUUGUGCAUUGGUCUGUGUGGUGCUGCUAUGUGGCUGUGUAACAUUGGUGUCAGCCAGGCGUUUCCUCUACUUCAAGCAAGAUUUGGUCUUGCUGGGGUCUUUGCCAUCUUUUGCACAAUGAGCAUGAUCUCGUGGCUCUUCGUUUUCCUCAAGGUCCCAGAGACAAAGGGCUUGCCAUUGGAGGUCAUCUGUGACAUAUUUGCUCUAUCUUCUCUUAAAAUGGCUGCUCUCGCGAACGCCGCUGUGCUCCCGUCCACCUUCGUCGGCCAGAGCGCGGAGCUCGCCGCCAAGGUGAACAAUGUGGACGCCCGCGUGACGAUGAGGAAGACCGCCAAGGCGGCUUCCAGCAGCGCCUUCUACGGCCCCGACCGCAACCUGUUCCUGGGCCCCUUCUCCUCCCCCCCUUCGUACCUCACCGGCGAGUACCCUGGCGACUACGGCUGGGACACUGCUGGUCUGUCCGCCGACCCCGAGACGUUCGCCAAAAACCGCGAGCUGGAGGUGAUUCACGCUCGCUGGGCUCUGCUCGGCGCGCUCGGCUGCCUGACUCCCGAGCUCCUCGCAGGCAACGGCGUGAACUUCGGCGAGGCGGUGUGGUUCAAGGCCGGCGCGCAGAUCUUCUCCGAGGGUGGCCUUGACUACCUCGGCAACCCGAGCCUGAUCCACGCGCAGUCAAUCCUGGCCAUCUGGGCCACCCAGGUGAUUCUGAUGGGCGCCGUUGAGAGCUACCGCGUGGGUGGCCUUGAGGGCUUCCAAGAGGUGGAGGACCCCCUGUACCCCGGCGGUGCCUUCGACCCCCUGGGUCUGGCCGACGACCCCGACGCCCUCGCUGAGCUGAAGGUUAAGGAGCUGAAGAAUGGCCGCCUCGCCAUGGUGUCGAUGUUCGGCUUCUUCGUGCAGGCCAUCGUCACCGGCAAGGGCCCCCUGGAGAACCUGAACGACCACCUGGCCGACCCCACCGUGAACAACGCCUGGGCCUACGCCACCAACUUCACCCCCGGCGCUUAG